AAGAGACAGAUCCACACUGGCAUAAAGAGAGCAUUCUGUCACUGGGAAAACUGGCUUUUCAACAGCUUGUGAAGGGCAAUCUGAUUUUCUAUGAAGAAGACCUGACAGAGGCUGGCAUUAAUGUCAAUGAAGCCUCAGUGUACUCAGGAUUGUGCACACAGCUCUUUAAAGAGGAAUGUGUGCUGUACCAGGACAAGGUGUACUGCUUUGUUCAUCUGAGCAUUCAGGAGUUUCUGGCUGCUGUAUAUGUGUUCCUCUCAUUCAUCAACAACAAUGAGAAUCUAAUGGACAAACUGCAAACAAACGACAAGUCUGUAGUUACUGUCUACAAGAGUGCUGUGGAUAAAGCCUUACAAAGUGAGACGGGAAACCUGGACCUUUUCCUCCGCUUCCUUCUGGGCCUCUCACUGGAGUCCAAUCAGAAGCACUUACGAGGUCUACUGACAAAGACAAGAAGCAGCUCACAGAGCCAUGAAGAAACAGUCGAGUACAUCAAGGAGAAGAUCGGGGAGGAUCUCUCUCCAGAGAGGAGCAUCAAUCUGUUCCACUGUCUGAAUGAACUGAAUGACCAUUCUCUAGUGGAGGAGAUCCAAAGAUACCUGAGCUCAGGAAGUCUCUCAAAACCCAACCUCUCACCUGCACAGUGGUCAGCUCUGGUCUUUGUGUUGCUGACUUCAGAAAAGGAGCUGGAUGUGUUUGACCUGAAGAAAUACUCCAGAUCAGAGGAAGGUCUUCUGAGGCUGCUGCCAGUGGUCAAAGCCUCCAGAGCUGCUCUUCUGUCAGGCUGUGGAGUCACAGAGGAAGGCUGUGCUUCUCUGGUCUCAGCUCUGGA